GAUUUUUCUAAGAAAUGAGGGAAAGAAACUAUUGAGUCAGUAUCGAAGACGAGUAUGAGAUCGGCGCAAUCGUCGUGCAGGGAUCGGACACAGGAGUUUAACAAUGUAGCAGAGAAAUUGAGGAAACCGGUCUCCUCACCGGCGUCGAGCGGCGGGGCCGUCGAUGGUGGAGGAGGGGCCAAGGCCGAGGCAACUCGACCGGCUGUUGCGUUUCACUCGGAGUUCAAUAAGAAAGCUUCCAAAAUUGGGCUGGGGAUUCACCAGACCUCGCAGAAGCUCUCUAAGCUCGCUAAAUUGGCAAAAAGAACAUCAGUUUUUGAUGAUCCAACAGUAGAGAUUCAAGAGUUGACAGCUGUGAUCAAGCAGGACAUCACUGGACUUAAUGCCGCUGUAGUAGAUCUGCAGCUCCUUAGCAACUCCCAAAAUGAAAGUGGAAGCAUGUCUACAGAUACGACCACCCAUACAACCACUGUUGUUGACAACCUGAAAAAUCGCUUAAUGAGCACCACAAAGGAGUUCAAAGAGGUCCUCACCAUUCGGACCGAGAACUUGAAGGUUCAUGAGAACAGAAGGCAGCUGUUUUCUUCAAAUGCAUCAAAAGAGUCCACUAAUCCUUUCAUUCGCCAGCGUCCCUUAGCUACCAGAGCAGCUGCUAGUAGCUCUGCAUCAGUAUCUCCCCCUCCAUGGGUUAAUAACUCUGCAUCCUCAUCUCAGUUACCUCUUAGAAACAAGGCAGAUGGAGAAUCCCAGCCAUUGCUACAACAGCAGCAAGGUCAACAGCAGCAACAAUUGGCUCCUUUACAAGACAGUUACAUGCAAAGCAGGAAUCAGGCCCUUCAUAGUGUUGAAUCAACUAUUCAUGAGCUGAGUAGCAUUUUCACACAAUUGGCAACCAUGGUUUCUCAGCAAGGGGAACUGGCAAUUAGGAUCGACGAAAACAUGGAAGACACGCUGGCAAAUGUGGAAGGGGCACAAGGGCAACUGGUGAGGUACUUCAACAGCAUAUCAUCCAACAGGUGGCUGAUGAUCAAGAUAUUCCUGGUAUUGAUUGUAUUCCUCAUGAUCUUCCUAUUCUUUGUAGCCUAAAGCUUUCUGUAAAUUGGGAUGAGAGAAAUAUUUUUCCCUUUAUUAUCUGUAAUUAAAAUGUACACACAACGAAAGAUGGUUUGUUAAAGAAACCGUGACACCAGCUGAGAUGAUGCGUGUUACGACAUAUGGAUUCUUUCCCUUCUGAUGAUUUGUUAAAUGAAACCUCAUUUCAAGUACUUA